AUGUUAAAGGUCUGGCUGUCAGCUUUAAUUUGCUUUGGUGAGCGCACUUGCCCCAAUUUUUGCCGAUGUGAAGGAAAAACUGUCCAUUGUGAUUCGUCUGGAUUUUUAGAUGUCCCGGAAAACAUCUCGGUGGGCUGCCAGGGCCUCUCCCUGCGCUACAAUGAACUGCAUACCCUGCUACCGUAUCAGUUUGCUCACCUCAGCCAGCUUCUCUGGAUAUACUUAGACCACAAUCAGAUUUCAGCUGUUGACAGUCGAGCGUUCCAGGGGGUCCGCAGGCUUAAAGAGCUAAUACUGAGCUCCAACAGGAUCACGUCCCUACACAAUUCAACAUUCCAUGGAAUUCCCAACCUUCGCAGUCUGGACUUGUCCUACAACAAGUUGGAAAUCCUGCAGCCAGGUCAAUUCCACGGGUUACGAAAACUACAAAACCUUCACCUACGCUCAAAUGGCCUCUCCAACAUCCCAAUACGAGCAUUCCUGGAGUGCCGAAGUUUGGAGUUUCUGGAUUUGGGCUAUAACCGAAUCAAGGCUCUCACUCGCACCACCUUUUUGGGGCUACAGAAGCUAAUGGAGUUGCAUCUGGAGCAUAACCAGUUCUCACGGAUCAACUUUUUUCUGUUUCCACGCUUAGCCAACCUGAGAUCACUGUACCUGCAGUGGAAUCGCAUUAGGGUGGUCAACCAGGGCCUUCCAUGGACUUGGUAUACGCUUCAGAAACUUGACCUUUCUGGAAAUGAAAUCCAGACACUGGACCCAGCUGUGUUUCACUGCUUGCCCAACCUUCAAGUCCUAAACCUGGAAUCCAACAAACUAUCCAAUGUGUCUCAAGAGGCGGUGUCAGCAUGGAUCUCACUGACCUCGAUUAGCCUUGCUGGCAACAUGUGGGAUUGUGGAACCGGCAUUUGCCCCCUUGUCGCUUGGUUGAGGAAUUUUCGGGGCAGCAAGGACACCACUAUGAUAUGCAGCAGCCCAAAGUAUCUCCAGGGGGAAAAAAUCAUGGAAGCCACAAGGAACCAUGGUAUUUGUGAGGAAACCGAUUACAUUCUGACUGAAACACCCUCACCGAUGUCGGAGCUCAUUUCUGAAGCCACUGCUGAACCAACCUUUGCCCCGACUAGCGGAUCUCCACCUCUGCCGCCGACGAACACCUUUGGUCCUAUCCCGCCAUUCAGACCUCGGCCUAUUCCUCAUCCUACCUUUCCGGGGCCACCCCCUGAGAUGGAGCACAUGACUCUGCACAAAGUGGUGGUGGGCAGUGUGGCACUCUUCUUCACCAUGUCCCUAAUCUUGACAAUUAUCUAUGUGCUGUGGCGGCGCUACCCAGGUGCGACCAGGUUGCUGCAGCAGCGGUCCAUGGUGGGACGGAAGCGUCGCAAAAAGAGUCCCGAGCCAGAACAGAACCUCAGCUCCCAGCUCCAAGAGUAUUACAUGAGCUACAACCCUGCUGCCACACCAGAAGCAUUGGAGGUGCUGGGCAAUGGCACUGGUUCCUGCACUUGCACAAUUUCUGGCUCCAGGGAGUGUGAGGUAUGA